AUAAUUGGUGAUUUAUCAACAUAAAUGGCACCACCGCCGGUCGUUACGGGUAUAUCCCCGAAGGAAGGACCGCCUGGUACGCGAAUAACCAUCCGCGGCGAGUUCCUUGGCACUCAAGUUCAGGACCUCGUAGGUCUAACGAUAUGCGGCUGCGACUGUUUGUUAUCUGCCGAAUGGAAAUCACCCAACAAAAUAAUUGCACGAUCUGGUCCGUGUAAAGGCAGAGGUGAUAUAAUAGUGACAACACGUAGUGGCGGCCAAGGGACUUCUACUGUGCAGUUCAGGGGCUACCAUGAGACCAUUGGUCCCAUGAAGGAGUCUGCUGUAUGGGUUGAGGAAGCACCUAGUUUUGUCUGGGGAAGGAGAGCCCUGUCUCCCACAAAUUACCAACAGGAGGAUCCUCUUGGUCUCAGUGUGGAAGGAAAUGAAAAAAAGUUCCCCGAAGACGAGCUCAUGGAAUUGUUUGGCUCGGACGUUAGUGGUGAGUUGACCAGUGAUAAAUUCCAUCCAGGUAUGUUUCUCUUGCAAAAUCAUCAUGCAACUUCACUGGAAGACCUCAAAGCAGGUUUGGCCUAUUUGAGACGCAAGGUCAAUUCGCAAAAAGAGGGUCAGCUUUCAUUUUUAAAGGCAAAUGUUGGAUCUGUGAUGGAGCAGCUUGAUACAAUCGUACUCUUAAAGGACCAAUUUGAGACGGACGUAAAGAAUUGUCCCGAAAAUCCCAUGGACAAACUAGAGUCAGCUAUCAAAGAAUCCAUGACAGAGGCAAAUAAACUCUUUGACGAUGUUCUUGCGCGGAGAGACAGAGCCGAUGCCACAAGAAACGCUCUCGCAGUCAUGCAGAGAUAUAAGUUUUUGUUCUGUAUGCCUGUUAAUAUCGAGAAGAACAUUAAAAAUGGAAAUUACGACCUUGUAAUUAAUGACUACGCACGUGUCAAAAACUUGUUCAAAAACACCGAGGUGGAUGUGUUUAAAAAAGUGCUGCGAGAAAUCGAGUACAGAAUAGAAACUCUAAGAGAAGUUUUGAGGAAAAAAUUGGAGGAAGUGCCUUUCACCUUAGAUGAACAGAAAAAAAUCAUCAGGCAUCUCAUUAAUCUUGAAGCUGAUGGAGAUCCGGCUUGGGAUGCGAUAGUUUCUCAUGCGAAUUAUUUGGAAAAGAGUAUAAAAUCCUGUACAAACGAGUAUUUGGAUUCUGACAGUCGAGACGAUGAUUACCGAGGAGGCUUGACUAUUAAAUCAAACGCUUCGACUCCAAUGUCCAUCAAACAAUUCAAAUUAACAAAGAGCGAUGAAAAUAAUGUACCUAGCAGAGUCCAGUGUAUCGAAGCGCUCUGUGACAUUAUGUUAGAACAACUGCCAGAUUUAUGGAGAUUAGGUCAAAGCUAUUUUACGGGGCAGCUGCAUGUUACCAUCGACAAUGAAAAGCAAGGGCCGUUUAAGAAUUUCGUUCUGUCAAAUAUUCAGCACGCCGUUGAUGCUAUGUCGAACGUAUGUGAGUCAAACUUGGAAGCUCCUUGGCUCCUCCACAGUCUCAGAUGCAUUAGACACAUGUACGUGUCGCUCAUCCAUUUGGACUUGCCUAGCGAUGCCUUGGAUCUAUUUGAAAGUUUUAUAUUUGAUCUAAGAACGCAAUGUUUGGUGGCUAUUUUCAAGCAAGCUGCUGAUAACAUAUUAUUACUGGGCCGCAAGGAAAACUGGCAGAUCGAGUACUUGGACGACACCGGUGGCAUCACUAAAUUGCCAUCCCUCUUUGAACAAAUGACAAUAGAAGCGUCAAAGCUAGCUCGGGAAACAGCAGUAGAGUGUGGACAUCGAGAGGGCUCUUUACUCGUCGACCCUGGUCAGCAGUCGCUCUAUUAUGACGCGAUAAAAUCGCUGUUCUCGUCGUUUGCCCGUUGCUUGCAGCAACUAGCUUUUAGUGGUACCGACGACAAUUUCGAUGAUGAGAUGACCACUGAGUCGCAUUUCGCUGGCACGCAAACUGCUUCUUACCGAAUGAGGGACAGCAAGAUGCAUGGACCGACGUGGGAACAGUGCCUACUCAUCUCUCUCAGCAACAUAAGGUACACGCUGUCAGACGUCUUGCCGCGAGUCGAAGAGAGCUUGAAGAAGCAAGGCUACCCAGACCUGUCCUCUUCAAUUGGCUAUAAUUCCGACUGGACGGAGUUGGAAACCUUGGACACCGCAGUGCUCGACGCCUACCUGGAACGCCGUUGCGAUCCAUUGAUCGGCACUAUCGAGCCAAACAUGUACCUUGGCGAUUUGGACUGGAGCUGGAAUCUCCCACCCAUGCACAUGAAACCGUACGCCCAAGAAAUCAUCUCCAAUGUGAUAGGCGUGCACGCUGAGGUCCGUCGAGUUUCACCGUGUCUGUUGAGUCGCGUUCUAUCACAUAUCGUUGAGAACAUUGCUGAGGAACUGGCUCGUCUGAUGACGUGCGUUAAUUCAAAGUUCAGUCCAAGUGGCAUUAUACAAGCCAGACUUGAUAUUUUGAUGCUGAGAAAAAUCCUUGCCAGUUUUAGUACGCCAAAAGCCAAAAAUUUUUUUGAUGAAGCUUUAAAAGCUGUACCGCCACCAGUUGCGAAAGAAGAUGCAGAAAGGAUUGACAUUUUGAUGACCAAAGUUACGUCGAGGAUGAAACUGCAAAUUAUAUCUUUGCAAGAUGACUUUGAGGAUGAUACAACCUCGAGCAAAGUUGAUUCAGAUCACACAACUGUUGUGUAAACUGUUAAUUUUGAUUCAACUUUUUUUGUAGAAAUCGGAUUUUCGAAAGAUCAGAUGAAAAUGUAAAGUGAUUUAUUUUUAACAUAUUUUAUGAUGUACUCGUAUUUAUACAUAAUAUUAGAUUGUAUAGAU